CAAACAGUAGGAGCUAAGCUACACAAUACAUCAGCUGCCGGAAGCAAAGAGAUCUAAGGAGGAAAAGUUUGGAGCAAAAUUCUACAUUCACACCCUUUUUUCUCACGGUUACUGAUAAUUUGAUGGAAAGGUUGAUGAGUUCACAGACGGCACCAUUUAGUGCUCAGUGUAGGCAACAUAGCUCUCCGUUCCUUCCUGCAUUUUCCCAUCGAUUUACAAGAAAAUUGAAUAUCAGUCACAUUGGGAUGAACAAAUCUCCUAAAUCAUUGAAAUCAAUUGCUGCUUCAGUUCAACCAUUGGAAGCCUCAAAAUUGGGCCACUUAAACAACACUCUGCCAUCCAAAGACGUUCUUGAGUCAUGGAGAAACGCCAAUGCGGUGUGCUUUGAUGUGGAUAGCACAGUGUGCCUGGAUGAGGGCAUCGAUGAACUUGCAGAAUUUUGUGGAGCUGGAAAGGCUGUUGCAGAAUGGACUUCUAGAGCAAUGAGUGGUUCUGUUCCUUUUGAGGAGGCCUUGGCUGCCAGGCUAUCUUUGUUCAAUCCUUCCUUUUCGCAAGUCCAGGACUUUCUUGAAAAGAGGCCCCCAAGGCUUUCUCCUGGCAUAGAAGAGUUUGUCAAGAAGUUGAAGGCUAAGAAUAUCACUGUUUACCUGAUCUCUGGAGGCUUUCGUCAAAUGAUCAAUCCUGUUGCGUCGAUCCUUGGGGUUCCACCUGAAAACAUUUUUGCCAAUCAACUGCUAUUUGGAAGUGCUGGGGAGUUUGUGGGGUUUGACACUAAGGAGCCUACUUCAAGGAGUGGAGGAAAAGCCACUGCAGUCCAACAGAUAAGAAAGGCUCAUGAGUACAAGUCAUUGGUCAUGAUUGGGGAUGGGGCGACUGAUCUUGAGGCUCGUAAACCAGGAGGUGCAGACUUGUUUAUUUGUUAUGCUGGUGUCCAACUUCGAGAGGCUGUUGCAGCAAAAGCUGAUUGGGUGGUUUUCAGUUUUAGAGAUCUGAUAAACUCCUUGGAAUAGCUUGCAGUUUUCUGGGUCUUGUUAUAUAUAUAUUUUUUAAAAAAAUUGAUAAUUAAUUAUUUUUGGGAUCACUGAUCACUUGCAAUAUAAAGGUGUAUUCAUCCCUCCCGUUAUUGCUAGGUUAUAAUUUUUACUUUUUUAUUGAUGGGCAAUAUAUAAAACUUAUAUGAGAAGAAUAAAGAGUUAUUAUUUGAUGCCCACUUGUGUAUCCAAUUGUAUUUGGUUCAACCCAUGGGACAGAUGGGGAUAUAAAAAUUU